AUGGUGCUGACAGAUUACCCCGGGAUUGACGAGUCCCGGUACCGCAGUGAGGUCCUCCUGCUGCCCUCCGAGGAGUCGGAGACGUCGCAUGAACAGAGGCUGGCCGACGAGGCCCGGGAGCUGGGGCUGAAAGUGCCGGAAGUCGAGGCGGUGGCGUCGCUGGCCGCAUCGAUUGCCUCCGGAAUGGUGGAUUUGUCCUCGUCCUCCCCGAUUAUUUCCUCCGGUUCCUCCACCGAUCGCAAUUCUACGUCCGACGUCACCCCGUCCCUCGAAGUGCCGCCAAUCGAUCUUCUUGCCUCCUCCCUCUCCGAGUUCACCGUGGCCUCCGAGCCCAUCCCGGCCGGCAGUACCCGAUCCUUCGGCUCGUUGUCGACUCGACCGACAUCCUAUAGCUCAUGUGAGGGGAGACUAGCUCCGGGGCUGGACAACCUCACGGUGAGGACGCCGGGGAAUCGACUGUCGAUGUGGACCAUUGCGUCGACGGAUAAGAGAGAACGGAGAAAGUCAACAAUCAAGUCAGCCAUCGGAAAGAUCCACUUCCGGAAGAAGAGGUCGCCCUCCGCAGUGCUUCUCCCGCCAGCCGCGCAGAUCACCGUCGCCAAGGGUGAAAAGGGCGUCGAACGAGUAUUCGUGGAGUCGAGACGAUCCGAAUCGCAAAACCCCGACUCCGCGGAGGAAGAAAACCAGGUCUUGAGGCUAGAAAUUCCCGUCUUCGACAGCGAAUCCCUGCAACGGAGCCAGGAUGAUACACAAUUACGCCAGCUGCGCGAGUCUCAAGAGGCGGCAAGGGACCGACAUGUGGCCUUUCAGGACGCAUUCAUGGCACAACUGCGACGAACUCAGCAAUCUAUUGUCACAGACCAGCUCGCGGCGAACAAGGUGGUGGAAGAAAAGAAGCGUGAAAAGAAUUCCGCCGAUGCUGCUCGGAUGGAAGAGCGACAGCUCACAGUGGAAAUGGAGCAAAUGCGCGAGUUUGAACGGGCCAAACUCAACUCCAGGACUCGCAUCAAAUACAUGGAAGGGUACUUCAGCAAUUCGAGCCCCCCGCCGUCGCCUGUAUCCAGUGCGGGGGGGGACGUGGCACCGGCUCGCAAGUUCACCGCACAACACAAGGCCCAGCUGGCGCAGGAAUUACACGACCACGACUCCAUGGACCAGCUGCACGAGUCCAAGAUCAAGGUGCUGCGCGACCGGCAGGAACUCCGCCUUCAGGAAGCUAUCGAGAGGAUGGAGCGCGAGCUGGACGAAAUAAUCGACAAACACGCACUGCAAUUUGCGCAAAUGCAGGCGAAGCAUCAGCAAGAAGAAUUAGACGUUGUACAAGCGUUUGAGGCGAAGAAGGUCCAGUUACGACAUUGUUGGAACCUGGAAGAAGCGAUCUUACGCAAGAAACUGGAGGUGCAGUACGAAAAGCCGUACGGGCCAUUACCUCCGCUGUCGUUCAACGAUUCGCAUUACGAGACGCGCGACUCGGCCAUCUGCGUGUCCGACCAGGCCGGAGCUACCAGCGGGGAUGAGGGAUCGGUGCACCAGAAGAGAGGCGGACAGGUGCUUUGAUUACGACGUGAUGCCCAAGUGAUACCCUUUGCUAUUUCCCCAUCCUCGGUCUUGCAUAUAUGCAGUUCCCACAUACUAAUGUUUUGUGUCAUACCUUUUGUAAUUAACUUCUUCUUCAUCUCCCCAUUCCCCCCUCCUGCUGAUGCAGGAUGCAUACAUACGACAGCUGCCUCAUACGGGCUCAUGUGCAUAGCGUUGACCUUGGGUAUACCCGUCUAUAAUAGAUUUCUUUGUUUGCG